UAAUCUCUCUCGGGCGAUCAACGACCGCUUCCAUUACUCAACCGGUGUAGGGCAGCAGCUAUUAGGCGAAAACCGACCCCGCUCGUUCCGUUUCUCCUCUCUCUCUCUCUCUCUCCCGCUUCUGCUGCAUAUGGUUCAUGGAAAUCCAGCAAUAGGAAGAAGGCAAAAAAAAAGGGAAAUGGAAGAAGAAGAGGGAAACGCUGGAAGAGAGCAGCAGCAGAAAAAGGGGUAUAUAAAGAUCCCUUCAUACGAAGAAGUUACAGAGAGCUACCUAAAGAAAGAUACUCCUCCCUCUCUAUUCACUCCCUCUUCUUCUUUCUCCCAAGCCUUCUCCUUCAUCAAAAACACCGAAUUCUACGCCCCUCCCCCUCUCCCUAUCCCUAGGCAGGUUGCACAAUCCGAGACUUCUUCUUCUGCAGCUGCUUCUUCUUCUGCAACUGCUGCUUCUUCUACUUCUGCUGCGGCUGCCACUUCUUCUUCAACUCCAUAUCCUUCUGCUCAGAGUCGUAAUGCGAUCCUUGUCAGUCAUCGGCAGAAAGGAAAUCCAUUGCUUAAACAUAUUCGGAAUGUGAGGUGGAUGUUUGCAGAUGUCGUUUGUGACUUCCUGCUGGGGCAAAGCUCUUGCGCUUUAUAUUUAAGUCUUCGGUAUCAUCUUCUUCAUCCAGACUACUUAUAUUUCCGGAUAAGGGAAUUGCAAAAGAACUUUAAGCUCCGUGUUGUCCUGUGUCAUGUCGAUGUGGAAGAUGUCAUCAAGCCUUUACUUGAAGUUACCAGGACAGCAUUGCUUCAUGAUUGCACCCUCCUUUGUGGCUGGAGUUUGGAGGAAUGCGGUCGAUACCUGGAGACAAUAAAAGUUUAUGAAAACAAACCUGCGGACAGUAUUCAGGAACGAAUGGAUACUGACUAUAUGUCACGGCUUAAUCAUGCACUUACAGCUGUUCGGCACGUUAACAAGAAUGAUGUUGUCACUCUUGGUUCUGCUUUUGGGUUCUCAAAAUAUUCACUAAGAAGUAGUACGGGCCGCAAUUUAAUAUGCAUUGGAGAAACAAAAGAAUCAUGCUUCACUUUCUCGUAUCAUGGAUGCAUCUAUGGAAGACCUAGCUCGCUGCCCUGGCAUAGGUCAAACGUUUGUAUGACACAUUUCAUGAACCAUUCAGGCGGGUUGUUUCAAGACCUGCUAUCAUUCCAGAAGCUUCCGUCCAGGAGAAAGUCAGACCAGUUUCGGAGGAUGACGAUGGCAUGGAAACUAAGAAUGAAAAGGCAGACGCAACUGAACUUAGGAAGGAACCCAUCGUAACUGUGAGGUCAGCCCUCACUGCUGCCUUCACCAAAUACUCGGAAAAAGUUCAUAAACAGGAUGCGAAGAACUCUCUUAUUGAGAAAGGUGAGGAAAACUAGUGCAGAUGUGUCGUGGAUGAAGACAGAGAUGAGCAGACCAGAUGAAGGGGGAGCUAGCUAGCUGACACGCAAUGAUCAUGAUAAUGAAUCUGCAAACUGAUAUGCAUGUGCACCACUGGUGAAGAGGUUAACAUGGAGAGAACAUGGUGAGAUAUCAAAAACUCAAAUUGGUGGACCAGCAGCUUUUGUAUAAAGCAGCACUGAAAAUCUGGACCCCCCCUGGAAGUGUUGUUACAAACUU